AUGGGAGCCGCUGUAAGUUAUCCGUACACUCAACUAAGGCGAGUUUUACGUCGGUACAAUGCACAAAAUCGAGCGCUUAAAUUUAUAGAAAAAGAAAAAUUACCUUCUCGUUCAUACGAGCCAGAGAUAAGCGAUCCAAAAAUUAGGGAAAGCAUUAAAGAAUUAUAUGUUAAAAAUAAACAAUUGGACGAUUAUUUGAAAAAAGAAAAACAAUCAUCUAGUAAAAGACCCUUGCCAGUUAAAAGGAUAAGGGAUAAUAGUUUUCUUUUUUAUGAGCCGAAAAUACCUCAACCUAAUUGUUGUACCUUGUCUUCCUCGUUGGAAAUAAUAGCAAAACACCUUAAAGAGCCUAACAAAUGGAAUGUUGAUGCUUUAUCAGAAGAAUAUAAUUUGCAAAAGGAUUCAGUUAAAAACUUAUUGAUGUAUUACUCUUUAUUUACUAGAGAAGAUUUCCAAUUUAUAAAUAAAGACAGAAAAGAAAAUGAAGAGCAAGUGGCAUUAGAAUUUGUCAAAAGAACAAGGCUAGAAAAAAUACCGCUUAAACAAAUCGAGGAUAAAAAGUAA